CGGUGCUUCUCCUUUCUGUAGGAGAGAGUCGCGAUCCCGAUCGCUUGCAGCGAGCAUGGCGAUGGCGUGCAGCGGUGGCGGCGGCGUCGUGUUGGGCAGGAGUUCCAUGGCCGCGGCGGCUAUGGUGAGGUCAGGCUGUAGCGAAGCCAUCUUCGGCCACGUAGUAAGGCCGGCCAUCUCCAUGAGUGACGAUGUAGUCUUUCCGUCCAUUUUUUCUUCUUCUUCUUCUUCUCCUCCUCCUCCCCCUCCUCGUUCUCCCUCUCCUCAACUUCCUUCCUCUUCUCCCGUUCCCUCCUCUUCUCUCCCUCCUUCCUCUCUUCUCCCUCCUCGUCCUGUUCCUGAGCUUAUCAUCAGGAUUCCAUCAAGAGUGGAAGUUCUCUGGCCUCUAGAGUCCGUCUAUUACAGAGGAACAGUCGUACAGCACAUCAAGUCCUCUGGCCGCUACGUGUUGCUCUAUGAUGGCGGUGAUGUCGAGAAGAUUGAUCUUUCUGUAGAAACCUUUCGAGUGCUUGGCGAGGAUGAUCCUUCCUCUCAAGAGACCAAUCCCGGUGACGAAUCUGCUUCGCGAAUCGCCCUUCGCCUUGGAUGGACUUACUGCCCAAGGUGUCAUGCCUCAUUUGAGUUUCUCCCAGACUACAGGUGCGAUUGCCGGGGACCAAUGACAUCUCUUCCAAAAGAUGCUCGCAAGCGUCUGCUAUCUACAGCCGAAGCCCCUUCUUCGUCACAAAAGGGGUGCUUGACAAUUCCAAGGAGUGACUGCAUUCCUAGCGCUUUCCCUAUUUACCUGGGAUGCCAAGAAGAUGUGUCAUCCUCAAUGAUGAUGAUUGCACGGUCCUUAGCAGAGGAUUUCAAUGAUGCUGCUGAAAGAGGAUCGGGGGUUGAGAGAAGCGAUAAUCUUGCAUCUCUGCUACGGAACCGCGUCUGUACGCAAGCGGACAAUCAGUCAGCCAGAGAGUCACAAUUGACAGUGGACGGAAAGGAGGUACAGGGAGACAUUUGCUGCCUGUCCACUCCGCAAGCUGCGGAGUUGGUAAACGAAGGCAAAUCGGAACGUGAUAUUUUGGCACUGAACUCUUCGACAUUUUCCUCUUCAAGAAGAAAACAUCGGCGGAAAAGACUUACUGCAAGCGUGCGGAAAACUGGGCGCUGGUCAGUGUCAGGAAAUGGCCAAGCAAGGGAAUUGUCAAACUUGUCCUCGUCUGAGGAUACUGACGAGACAUUGAGCACAGAGUCGUUUUGGUUGGCAAUACAAAGAUUCUCAUCGGCGGGCGAGACUGCGCCUGGAGAAUCGUCUUCUGUGGGUUGUACCACGGGGUGUAUGGAGUGUGGGCAGUGUUAUUUUGGAGUGGAUGUAACGUCGUCUCAGGCAGAGGGCAAGCAGCCGCCCUUCGUUAAGAACGGAGGCAACGGUGUUGGCUUGUCUGUAGUCAGGAAAAUAGGUCCUGGAAGUAGUUUGUUGCUAGGUGGAGAGAGAGGAGAGAUUGCUCGGUUGUUGGAGCCGAUGCAGAGCGGCUUUACACACUGCUGGGAGUCGUCGCUGCCAGCAUGCUGUUCUAACGAGUCGGCUAUCUCUCAACCAGAAAGCAGUGGACUCGCCAACGCAGGGGCUGCAGAGGAGGAGUUUGAUUUGGAAAAGGCAGUUAGUCAUGGAACAAAUGCAACUGCUCUCCCUCUGUGGGAGCAUCAGUCACAAUGCAAGUGGGUGCUUGCCUUGGAAUCUCAUGAAGCUUCAUGCAUACUUGCCGAUGCUGGUCCUCAGCAGCAGACAGCUCAGGAGAAAGUCCUCGAUGGCCAAUCACCUUUCCAGAUUGCGCUUGAAACAACAAGGGUGCGUUGUGAUGAGCUUGUGGGGGUAGGUUCAAGUGUAGCAGUACAAGGGAGCAAUCCUUCCUGUUCACACUCUGUUGACUCGGGAGGAACGGUCACCGUGUCCGAGGCAGGUGCCGACAGCACCGGAGGAGGUCAUUUUGUUUCAUCUUGGUCUGUCAAGGGCGAUGAUGGUGGUUCUGAGCAAGGAGAGAAAGAAAACGAUGGGAAUCUCCAGAUUGAUUUUCCGGAGGACCCAGCUUACGGUCACACUGCACCUUUUCCGGAGGACACAGCUUACGGUCACACUGCACCUAAUGGUUACCUAAGGGAAGCUGAUGUGAAAUGUCGUGCCAGCGUUGGAGAGGCUCACACAUCAGUUUCAUUGCAGGCCAUGGAAAGUGUUCUGUUGGAAGGAACAGUUGUCUCCCAAGGGGAGAAUAAAGGUCAUGCUCUACAGGGGUUGGAUGGAUUGGACUUAGCGGGCGAAGACCGUGUGUCGGGGGGGCCAACUGUUGCUUCUGUCAGAUUGGAAGCCCUUGAGCACGAUCCACGCCAGGUGGUCGAGCAGCGGUCACUUUUCGAUCAUGGUGAUAGGAGUAGCAACAGAGAAUGGAUGAUGACUGAUCUUCGCGCUGGAGAUCUGGAUGCUGGGGGUGUACAAGGAGGAGAGGAGGAAAGCUUGGGAGGGGUGUGUAUGGAGAGUGGGUUGGAAUAUAGGUGUCCGUCGGGGGAUGCAGCUGUGUGUGCCAAGGGGGAUGUGUCUGAGGAACACACAGCGACUUCGCCGCUGUGUGAUGGAGAUCUGGAACAGCAGGCCCAGAGAGUGCAGGGUGAUGCUGACACACAGCAGAACCAAUGCUGCGAGUUGCAGGCAAAGAUCACUGUGUCUUCUGAAGCGGAUCAGCAGGUGAUUUCUGAAGAUGCAAAAAGGACAACGAACGGGCAAUCAGGUGCUGCUUUCGAAAUGGACCCACCUGCAGAGGACAAGGAAUUGUGGCUGCUGACUCGACCAGAGGGAGAGUUGAUCCCAACGUUGUGCGAGAGUCUGCAGGUUUGUUGUGUGAUAAAUGGCGGGGAAGUGAGUGAAUAUAACCAUCCCUCUCCUAGCCAAGGUCAGGUUGUUGAUGCAGAUGCUCUUACAUGGCCGACUCCUCCCCUCGAAGGAAGCAAGCCAGGGGAUUGUUCUCUCGCGCUCGAUAAUGCUGGUGACCUCCUGUCUGAUGUACUGGAUUUUUCGGAACCUGCUUUUGAUGGCCACCAAGGUAACACAGUGUCUCUGUCCUCGCUGGGCAGUGACUGCAAAUCUCAGGAUGGCAAGCUUUUGUCUGUCAAGAGUGGCGAUAACGAUUCAUCUGCGAAUUCCUCGUAUUCUUCAAUCGAUGAUUUGCUGAUGAACAUGGUUGAUCCGUCCUCUCGCCCGGGACUGGAGGGGACAAGCGUGGACGCGUCUUCUCACCCAGGAGUGGGCGCAACUAAUGCGGUUGCGAUCGAAGAUAGUAAACUCGUAAAAAAGGGCGAUUGCGGUGUUGUUUCAAGAGAAGCAGAGGCGGUUGGUUGUUCCCCUAGCGUAUCUGGUCAACCUCGUGGCCAGGUGUUCCCUUUCACGAAGUCGUCGCUGGAAGAAGUGGUUUCGACGGAAGAAUGUUCUUUUGUUUGUUAUGUGAACUUGUUGGAGGCUGGUUGUGACAGAAAUAGGUGGAAGGAGAGCACCACUGGUACUAUUGCAGAUGAAGCACAGAUCUGCUGUACAGAGUCUCCUGGGGAUGCAGUUUCUGCACUCAAUUUACGUGCUGCCGAUGGGAGGGUGCUCGAAGAUUCUGCCACUGGCACCGACGUGCUAGUUAAGAGCGAUAAUGAGGGGAGGGUUUUGUCUGUGGACUCUUUUCCUGACAAAUCUGUUGCGAUUUCUGAAUCAACUUGCUGCUCGGACGUUAACAGAGAGAAUGUGGGGAGUGUUUUGCCUGUGGACUCGUUUCCUGACAAAUCUGUUGCUGAUUCUGAAUCAACUUUCUAUUCUGGUGGCAAGGUCGCAGCUGAAGAACUGGCCUCUGUGGAGGUAAAUGGACAGCAGCGUGGUGAAACCUCACUGCAGAAGAUGGAGCUUGAUGGCUUCGUGUUGCAAGGAGAGGAGGUGGUUGUGCAGACUGGGGAUGCGGAAUUACUGUCUGUUGAAAGCAGGAUUAUCAGUGCGAUAGAUGACAGAGGCCUAUCAGUACUGAAGGGGGAGGAGGGAGUGUUUUUUAAGGACUUUGCGUUGUCACAAGAAGAUGAGAAGGCGACAGAAGAGCGGACAAAUGGUGAGAUAGAAGGCACUGGGGCCUCGGUACUAGGGGAGGAAAAGGGCGGGUUUGGUGUCUUUGCAUUGUCACAGGGAGAAGAGGAGAGGACAUGCGAUGUUCACGGAGACGAAUUGGUUUCUGUGGAAGCUGGGAACGACUGUGAGACCGGUGAGUGUGAAAGCAGUGGGCAGUCUUCAUUGCCAGGGUGGAGUGCAAUUCUUGCAGGCUUUGCAUUGUCUCAAGAGGAAAAGACAAUGUUGACUAGCAUCGACGGAGCAUUAGCUUCUUUAGACGCCACAAGUGCCAUGGAGAAAGUGAGCAGCAGGCAAUAUUCACCUCAGUUCAGCAAGCUGGUGUGUCAAGACUCCUCUUUAUCGCGAGGUGCAGAGGAGAACGCUUUGGACAUUGGCAAUGGACUGGAAAUAGCAAUUCUUGGUCCUCGUCCCUCGAGCUCUUUCGAUAAGACCACUCCACCAGAAGAAGACGGGCCAUCUCCUAUGGAGGAAAUUGGUGCGGUCAAGAACCUUGGCAGUGACUUCGAUGUUAUAACAGAUGGGGUGACACAUUUGGAAAAAGUGGAGAGGCAAAGCAAUGUUCUAUCUGUUGAAUCUUGUUCGUCAUUGGGAACUCUAUCAUUGGAGGUGCAGCACGGGACACCUACGAAGAAGGACACCAAUGUGGUCGACAAUCUUGAUAACGACUCUCAUGCAGUAGGAGAUGAGGUCGCACAAUUGGAAGAACUUGAGAAGCGAAACAACAUUCCGUUGGUUGUGUCUCAGCCGUCGUUGGAUACACUAACUUCGGAUAUGCAAGAACCCACCAUGGAAACCCAUCCAGAGCCGCAAUGUGUUUCGUCCUCUCCAAAGUGCAGCUUGCCCAGUGAGAGGAGGGAUGGCAGUGGGGUUUGUACGGCGAACAGGAGGAGCAAGGUGGGUGAUGCGCAGGACAGCACCUCAGAUGCUGAUCCCUUGAUGAAGGAGCUGACGGAAUGUGACAAUCGAGAGUCGGGCUGUUUUUCAUCUGGGUCAAAAUGCAUUUUGCCCGGUGAGGGGAAUGAGAGUGAGCUGGGUAUAGUCAUUUUUCCAAAUGACGAAGGCAAGGCCGUUGAUAUCCAUGAAAGUGUGGUGUGUGAUGAUAGCGUUGGCAGUUUGAGCUGUGGUAAUGCCGCUGUGAUCGUCUCUUCCCAGUGUGAUCAGAUGAAGGGUCCGUUAUCUCCCCUUCAAGAAAUUGGAACACACGGAGAGAAACGCCUACAAGGUAGACAGGAAGGUGAUGUCUUGGAUCCAGAUCCGGUCUUGUGGUCCAUGCCUGAAGAAGGGUCAGCUAAAUGCAGGACAGACGCUGACGGCUAUUCAAAGUGUUGUCAUGACGUCUCCAGGGAGGCUUGUGGAGUCUGCACCUCUCCAAAGGAGGAGAGACCAAGAAAACGAUUGCGGGGUACGAGGGAAAAGACUGAAAAAAAUGCUGUUAGAGGAAUUAAGAGUGCCAGUGAGCGGUUGUCGGUUAAUAAGGAAAGAUCCAGUGAAGGUAUUAUCUCUGCUCCUCAGCUCAGGGCAGAGGCAACUAGCGAUUCUCGGAUGAGCGCAGAAGGUGAGGAAGCAAUAGUUGGUGCCGAUUCUCCGGGUCGAGGGUUUUCGACUCAGCCUCAUGAUGCUUCUGGUGAAAGGGAGGUUUGUUCGGGUUCAGACCACCGUGCAGAACAGAACGAUCGCCAAUCAUGGCAGAUGACAGCCACUCCUCCCCAGCUUCCGGCGAAGGGUGAGCGGUAUGAUCGUGAGGCACAUGGACAUGCAUCCUUACGGACGAACAACGCCGAGAAAACUGCCAGUGCGGAUCAGUGUCAUGUGAUUGUGGCAAGCACGGCAUGUACAUCGGCUGCAGCUGCUGAUGAGAGACAGCAUUCCGUCAAGGGCGCUAAGAGUCGAGUCGACACUGCUUGUGGCUCUUCUGAGAGUGAAUCUAUUAGAAAAUCGCCACCACCAAGACCUGCAAGCGGUGUCAGGUCUUCACAUGUCACCGCGAGAACACUCGUGUGUGUUAAAGAAGGUGAUAGUGGCCUAAAAGCACCUAUGAAUGCAGGGACAAAACCUGUAAAGUCAAGUUGGAUUGAUGAUUGGGAGAUCAUUGAUGACGAUUGUUCAGACAGUGAACCGGAAAAGUGUGAGCUGGACAGUCGAGAAGUGGUGAGGGGUGUGAGGACUUGUGUUGGGAGAAGUGUUCGAACGAGGUCGUCGCCCUCGCAACCGGACUGUCCUCAACUUCCAUUGGCUCCGAUGGCGAAGAGUGAGACUGUGGAAACCAAGAAAGUGCACCAGAGUAAUGCGAGGACAUGUGUCGGGAGUAGUAGCGUUCGCACAAGGUCGUCGCCCUUGCAACCGGACUGUCCUCUUCCAUUGGCUCUCGUGGCGAAGAGUGAGAUGGUUGAAACCAAGAAAGUGCACCAGAGUAAGAAAAGAAAACGUUCCAUCAAAAUACUUGACGAUGACGAUGAUGAUGAGGAUAAUGUAUCAUCUUCAAGGGGUGUGUCAGAGGCCAAGUCUAUUGUGAAAACAGAAACCGUAGACCGAUCGGAAGAAGGUAAUCAUGUUUCGUACAAAGACGAGCAUGAGAGGAACGUCUUAGAAUGUGCAGAGGCUAAGUCAACUUGUGCACAUCAGUCUCGUGGAAACGAGCAUCAUGUGAUGGGAAAUGAGCUGCCACGGAGUGGGAGAGCUCAUGAUGUGGUUGGGAUCAAUCUGCCCAGCUCAAGCGCUCUUGCGCGGAAUCUUGGACGCAAGAGCUCUUGCAGACGGCGCCUUGAUGUUUCAGCUGCUGCUGAACUGGACUCUUUCGUCAAGAGUGAGGGAUGCAGGGCAAUACAGGUCGCAAAGAGCAACAGCUGUACACAAUUCGUGGACAAGUUGCAGAAUCCGGAUGAUGGUGCCCGGAUCGACACGGCUACUCAGAAGCCGACAACUGCUUCGGAGCCGCCAAUUGAUUUGACCGAAGGAUCUGAGUCCUGGGGCCUGUCUCAGGAACCUGAAGGACCAGUGGCAGAAGACAGUGUUGCGCACUUUGGAGAGAAGCGUGAUGCAGUCGGAAGUUUGAAAGACGUAAGGGAAUCUGUUUGUGGAGCAUUUGCUCAAGCAUCCUGGGGCCUGUCCCAGGAGUGGGAAUGGAACAACACUGUGUUCUCAAGGGAGGAGGGAGACGAGGCAGGGCAGGCGAUUUGUGAAUCGUCCAUGCAAGGCAAUAAUGAUGCUGUGACUAAUCUUGCUGAAGAGGGUGGUUCGAAAAAUCAGUGGAUUUGUUUGCGAAGAGAAGGGACACAGCCGGUUGCAUGCAAUGAUGCAGAGGAGAAUGAAGCCCCAACUCGACACGGUCGGGGGUGUGAAGAGAGUGAGCAGAGGAUAGACGAUAUCACUGUAUCGGGAAAGGAUAAGGAACCUGUUGGAUUUGUAGAGGGUACCCAGGAGUCACUGGCCUGUCAGCAGAUCUACGAGGAAUCGGAGAACAUGAGAGAGGGUGCAAUGCUUGUCGGUGAGAGUGUUGGUAAUAGUCGCUCGGAAGUACAGCCAUUGGGAAGCAGAGCUGGGACAGAUAACUGUUCCGGCGUACAGGAGGAUGUGCUUGAAAGGGGGGAUGUGGAAGGAACGAGCCUUCUUGGGAAAGAAGUGCUGCAUGAAUUGGAAGACUCUUACUUGCCUGAAAAGGUAAACGCCGUACUAAACGGGGAUGUGAAGGAUGACUGCUCAAAGAUCCAAACUGAGGGCGGAGACGGAGAUUGCACCUUGAAAGAGGUGGCAAUCGUAGAGACGGAGGCGGCUCAUGAACUUGUGGUGUCAGCAGGAGUUUCCUCUUCGAGUGAGGUAGAGCAGACGGAGGCCGGUCCUGCUCCCGAGGCCACAGUUACGAUGGAAGAGGCGAGCUGCCAAGCUAGGGUUGCGGACACAGAAGACGUCCCGUCCAAACCGCUCGUAGCCAAAGUUGUCGAGGCCCUCACGGAGACCAGAGAUAUGGAUGGCAAUGGGGGAAUUCAACCUCCGCAAGAAUGGGUUUGGAAAGGAGGCAGCACGAAGAGCAGAGACGGUGAAAUUUCACACUCGAACUUCCUGAAGCGCACUGUUCGGAAGAUGGAUGUGGCCUCUUCUUUUGACAUGGCGAAACAUGCCUUGUCACGGAAGGAAGGAAUAAUUAAUGCCCAGAUGGAUGUUGGAGCAGAGAGAGACCGAAGAAGUAACCAGAUUGUUGUUAGGGAUAUUACCAAGACUGUGACAGCGAGAGAGGAACCUUCAAGAGGCUUGAAGAGGGGGCGUGAAGAGGAUGACCUGGAGCGAGACGGCGAGGUUGGGAGAGAUGGCAGGGGAUUCUUCCAGACUAAGAUGGACAAACGCCGCAAGACAAUAUCACCAAGGUCCCAAGAGAAGCUCCUCCGUGCAACAAGUGGUUUCGAUUUUGCUGAUCGUGGACUGGCAAAGAUGAAGCCAAGUGUCGAACCUCCAAGGCGUCGAACCCUUCUCCCGGAUCAACCAAUGGCGAGGAACAGUAGCAGACUACUGUCAUUCCCACUAAUGGAGGGAAUGCGUAGUCAGUCACGUGGAAUGCAGCUUUUGGCCUCUUCUCUUGCUCGUGCGGAAGAAGAGCGCAAUGCAUCACAGAAUGAGGUCUGCAAUUCGCAGUUGCAGCCGAAGGCAGUUCAGUGUGUCCGAUCAGGUCCAGGGUACCCGAUCACACGCAAGCAGCAGAGUCCGUCGACUCCACUGGCAUCUGUCUGCCCGGCGCUGGGACCUUCGGUCGUAGCAGGUUCUCCCCCAUCAUCCCCUCUGAACUGUUCAGGCAACCUGCCAAGCCCACCUCAUCCACCAUCCCCCGCUCCCACCCAGACUCUGUCGCUUGCGCUCUCGCCCUCUCCACAAUUUCAUUCGGCUGCAAGACCCCGAUUGUCGGGGUCGGAGAGAGCCCUCCCUUCUGCAAGUGCUAGUAUGUUGGAACCAGAAAGAUCGAAUUUCGAGGGGAGGAUGAUGAUUCCGUACAGACCGCCUUCGGCGACGAAAGGCAUCUUGAAGAGACCAGGCACAUCUGCGGUCGCUGGAAAAUGUCCCGGGUGCGCAAAUGUCCAGCCGAAGAUCGAGAACAUGGUUGCGUUUUCAAGGCAGCAGGUGCAAGUUGCGUCCGAUGUUAUGGAAAGCUUGUUGACUGAGUUGCGUCAACUGCGGGAGCUUGUCGAGACACGGUUAACGCCAAGGAUAAGCGUGGACGUGGUCGAUGAUGCUGUCAUUCAACAACAGGAGGAGGAAACGUGGAAGGAUGCGAUCGACCGAGCAAUAAGGCAGGAGGAAAGCGCAAGGGAUAGCAUGAUGGAGCUCACAAAAAACUGUAACCGAUGGUGCCGAGACGCCGAGAAAGGAAAGAGAAGGAAGAGUGUAGUGUUUGCAGAUGAAGCUGGAUGUGGGGAAUUAUUUCACGUGAGGAUUUUUGACCAAUAUUCAUGAUAUACUGAUAUUCAGUUUUUUUUUAUCCUCUGGAUUUCACACAUUCUUUGUACAGUGGUAGUGAGAGCAACUUUUCAUUCUUUUUCCCCUUCUGAGGGCAGCUUGAUCAACACAGGCGACAAUAGGUUUUUUCCUCAAGACGGACUGAACGUCCACUCAGUUGCGGAAUCAUCGCAGCCAGCGGUAGUUUUAACAAGUUCAUAGGCCAACCAACGAUGUUGCUUAACAGCUGCAUCCCCUUUCAUAUGCCUCCAGGGAGCAAUCGUGUUUCCUUUGGAAGUACAGAGUUGAGCUCAGGUAAUUUAACCCUUUUUUUUCCCCAAUAGGACAUCCCCUUUCAUAUG